AUGGUGAAGAGAAGUCAUUCAGAAGAUGCAAAUGCAUCUUCGGUGAAGCAUAAUGACGAUGAGCAGACAUUAGAAGAAAGUGCUGUCACAACAAGGCCCACAACUUCCUCCAGCAUAAGCAGCAUUAAUUCGCUUUUGAACAAGAAGGCAAAAGAUGAUACAAACACUGCUAAAAAAUCCCUUCGUAUCGAAGUAUUGAAAGAAUUAGGAAUUAAAGACAUUGAGAAAUUGGAGCCAAUCGAUCAAGAUGUCUUUCACAAGUAUGUUUCCAUAAGAUUGACACGAGAACGCAGGUCAUUAGAAGAAUUGCGUCAAGGUAAUAUAGAGAAAUUAGAUUCUCUAAUAGAUAAAUGCAUCAAUAGUGAAAAAUUCUCAUCAGCAUCUAUGAACAAAUUAUUGGAUAUUAUAGGAACCUCUAGAGAUCAGCCUGAUAGUUCUAAUGACAAAUUUUCCGUUUCACCAGUACCUAAGAAGAGAAAGCUAGAAUCUCCACAUUUAUCAAGUCCAAGACAUCUUAUGUCGUAUAAAGAAAAUAUCCCAACCUUAAACGAAUCCGAAGAACUCCAGAAUGAAUCAAGACAAUUCAAACUACCAGCUCCACAUAAUCAGGCAUCAAACCAAGCGUAUCUAGGCUAUGCGACUGUGCCCCCUCCUAACGCAUAUCAGUCUCAUGGGUCAGGAACCCCACAACAUGUAAGAUAUGAUAACAAUGAGCCCCGUCAGCUAUCUCCAAAUGUAACCCCUGCACAAUAUUCUAAUAUGACACAAUAUGGUGCUCAAUACCCACAACCUUUCUACGGCCAGGACAUGAGACAGCCAGUCCUCGUUAUGCAACGUCCACCUGCCGGUGAAACACCAUAUUUAAAUCCUCCUCAGACGACGUUAGCACCAACGUCUCCCUAUGGAAAUGAACAAUAUUUCCCACCUAGUAGGAAACCCAUCGCAAAUCACAGAAGAUCGCAAAGUGCGAUUGUUUCGCUACCUUCUGACAUGAGGCAACAACAAAAUAGAAAUCAACAGAAUUUUCCCUCGAGGCCUGUCAAUUUUUUAAUCCAUACACCUAAGCAUCCCCCUCCUGCAUAG